AUGGGAUCUAUUUUAUCUGCGUGCUAUGCCCGCGUCGCGUUCUCACCGACAUGUUGCUCGAAGUCCGCAGUUGGAGCGCAACUUAGAGAUGCGGAAUCUGCCUUCGAUAAUCUUUCAGAGGAGCAACUGAUAUCUUUCCUUGAAAAAUAUGACUUCUUCAACGGCCAGAGGGUCGGGUUACCGCGACCCCUCUCGCCAUCUCCUUUGUGGCGCAUCACAUCAGAUACUGUAGUCAAGCGCCUGUAUGCUCAGACCGCACAGGAGCCAUAUAUCAUGGCACUUGUUGCUUCCUGCACAUCCAUCCCGGUGCCGAAGGUUCGAGGCUAUGUGUCUUGGCAAGGAUCCAUUUGGCUCUUCAUGGAACACGUAGAAGGCGAUGAUCUUGAAAGCUUUUGGCCGUCUCUCAGCAUGUUGCGGAGGCUUAGCAUAGCUUGGACGCUGCGCAGCUACAUACGACAGCUCCGAGCUGUCGCGUUACCUGACCUGAACGCGCCGGGUCCCUUCGACGGCUCCGGAAAGUCUAUACGCUGCAACGGCCAUUGCUUCACAGAGAUCGGUGCUGGCCCAUUCGCAUCGUACGCCGAGAUGUCCGCAUGGUUCGCCAGGAAGCGCUGGAUCGCCGUCGAGCUAGAAUGGCGGAGGGUCCGCCGCGGCGCAUCUUCCGCACCCAACAAGCCCCAUUUCGACGACAGCAUGCCCCUCGUCCUCGUGCAUGGCGAUAUCAGUCUGCGCAACGUCCGCGUGGGCAAAGACGGGGUGAUUUGGCUGCUGGAUUGGGGCUUCGCCGGCGCGUACCCGCCGUGGUUCGAGUACGCGGGUAUCGUGGCGUAUGAUAUCAGCCCAGUGCGGGGUGUCCCACGGUCGUGGCUAUGGCUCGCACUGCUGGUCGCUGGCUGGUAUAAACCACAGCAGUCAUUCAUACAUGAGAUCAGCAUUGCUUUGGCCAACUACCGUAUUGACGGGCCUUAA